GAGCAACGCAGCAAGCAAAUCGUCUCUUGUUUUUCUUCUUUUUUUCUUGCGUUCAGCACGUUCAUCCAACCCCAUACGUACCAAAAUUACAACGUGCGCACACCUGCGGCCGUUGCUGCCACUUGCCGUUUCCUGCUGCACUGACCCGAACAAGAAUUGCAUGGCUGGCUGGUGCCAAAACAUUCUAGAAGCCAGCCCAUUCCAGUCCCUGUCACAAAACACCGGGCUCCAAAUCAAAGACAGGAAGCCAAGCAAGGGAUAGAGGGGACGGACCCUCACCGCGAGCCCGCCCUUGACACGACAAAGCAGCAGCCGACCACCACUUUUCCCCCCUUUCCACCCCACUACAACCCCUACCGAACCAAUCCAAUCUACAACCGCCCCGAUUUGCCCGCCAUUUGGACACAGCACUGUCCUUGCAUUUACUUGACUUCCUUCCAGAGGCUUUGGCCUACAUUCUUUACCACCUUUCUCCAAUUGACACUGCUCUGCCUACACACUCAUAUAUGCUGGGCUGGUGGCAAGGAAAGCAGUGCAUUUCUUUUUGGCCUUAGCUUCGAUAAACGAAAAAGGUGGGCGCCAGUUGGGCAUGGACUUGGCCUUUAGAUAAGAGCCGCAGUUGAGCGAGGUAUCUGAACCCGUACUAUACCAUACGAACCGACCCUAUCCCUUCCAAAAACGACUCCCCAAUCCUAAACAAACACCGCCAAUAUGGACAAUCAAGGCAACCGCCUCUACCUCAACUUCGACAACUCGCACCCGCGCCCUGGCGGUUCACUCAACGAUCGAGGUGCCUACCCCACCACGCCCUCGACCUUCCCGCAACCUGUCUUUCCCGGCUCGAACCAGCAACCCCCCUCGUCGUCUGGCCAGGGUGGCGCCUCUUCCCAGCAGAGCCAGCCAUACUCAACGGGUUAUGCGCCCCAAGGCUACUUCUCGCAGAACCAGUAUCCUGCUCAGUAUCCCGCCCAGCCCCCACACAGCCAACAAUCGCACGGCUCCGAGUACGGUGGUCAGCAGCAGCAGCAGAGCAACAUUUACCAGCCCCGGUCCAACACCCCAGGGACUAAUGAUCCCAAUGUAGGACUGGCACAUCAGUUCUCGCAGCAGAACCUCCGCGCCCCCUACGGCUCGCGUGGCCCCUCUCCUGCCCAACGUCCCCGAACGGCCGGCGCGCCUGGUCAGCAGCCAUAUGGCGGCUACCACAGCCAGCCUAUGCCACCUGCGCCAGCACAGUACCCCGCCCUCGAGUUUCAGCCAGGCCCAGAGCGCAACCCAGACAAGUAUGGGCCGGGUGCCAACAACAACCAGAAGAAGUGCGCACAGCUUGCCGCCGACUUCUUCAAGGAUAGUGUCAAGCGCGCGAGGGAGCGUAACCAAAGGCAGAGCGAGAUGGAGCUCAAACUCUCCGAACCGAACCAGUCGCAAUCUAGGAAGGAGCAGAUCUGGUCAACCGGAGGGCGCAAAGAGGGUUCAUACCUGCGCUUUCUGCGCACCAAGGACAAGCCCGAGAACUACAACACCAUCAAGAUCAUCGGCAAGGGUGCGUUUGGUGAGGUCAAACUGGUCCAGAAGAAGUCGGAUAACAAGGUCUACGCCAUGAAAUCUCUGAUCAAAACGGAGAUGUUUAAAAAGGACCAGCUUGCCCACGUACGUGCUGAGCGAGAUAUUCUUGCCGAGUCGGACAGUCCUUGGGUCGUCAAGCUGUUCACCACUUUCCAGGACGCGAACUUCCUAUAUAUGUUGAUGGAGUUCUUGCCUGGUGGUGAUCUUAUGACCAUGUUGAUCAAGUACGAAAUUUUCUCGGAGGAUAUUACGCGCUUUUAUAUUGCAGAAAUCGUGCUCGCUAUAGAAGCGGUUCACAAGCUUGGCUUUAUUCACCGUGAUAUCAAACCCGACAAUAUUUUGCUUGACAGGGGAGGACAUGUAAAGUUGACUGACUUUGGUCUUUCGACGGGCUUCCACAAGCUGCACGAUAACAACUACUACCAGCAGCUGCUGCAGGGCAAAUCGAACCGACCCCGUGGUGACCGCAACUCGAUCGCUAUCGACCAGAUCAACUUGACCGUCUCUAACCGAGCGCAGAUCAACGACUGGAGGAGGUCGCGACGACUAAUGGCAUACUCCACCGUCGGUACCCCUGAUUAUAUCGCACCUGAGAUCUUUACUGGUCAUGGUUACACCUUUGACUGCGAUUGGUGGUCUUUGGGAACCAUCAUGUUUGAGUGCUUGGUCGGCUGGCCCCCGUUCUGUGCCGAGGAUAGCCACGACACGUAUAGGAAGAUUGUCAACUGGAGGCAGAGCCUGUACUUCCCCGACGACAUUCAGCUGGGCGUCGAGGCAGAGAACCUGAUUAGGAGUCUCAUCUGCAACACGGAGAAUCGUUUGGGGCGGGGCGGAGCCCACGAGAUCAAGAGCCACUCAUUUUUCCGCGGAGUCGAGUUCGAGGGCUUGCGACGGAUCAGGGCUCCGUUCGAGCCCCGGCUUACAUCCGCCAUCGACACGACCUACUUCCCGACGGACGAGAUCGACCAGACAGACAACGCGACGGUGCUGCGGGCGCAGCAGAUGCAGCAACAGGCGACCACUGGCGCGCCUGUGCGCGAGGAGACGGUGGAGAUGAGCUUGCCUUUCAUCGGUUAUACCUUCAAGCGUUUCGACAACAACUUCCGGUGAUUGGGAAAUCGGAGUUGUAUCAGUUGUCGUUUUUUUGUUACGUUGUCUCUCACUCUCACUCUCAAACCAUGUCUAGCCCUGUAUGCGUGUUUUGUGUACUCGGGUGUCUGCAGUCUGCAGUUGUCAGCGGCAAAAAGGGGCGGGAUGAAGGGUUCAUAACAAAUCAUUGUGGGAAACCGGAUGUUUCGGUUUGAAGGCAAAAAGGCGGCACAGCCACUUCUUUUGUGUGUGUGUGUGUGUGUGUGUGUGUGUGUGU